UUUGAGUUGUUAGUGGCGGGGAGAAACCCCAGAUCUUAAAAAUUGUGAAGAAAGUGAAGGCACUCAGUUUACAUUUGUAAGGUAGACUGUUCCUUUCUUUCUUACACUUUUUUAACGUUUCCCGAGAAUUCUUGUUAAAACUAAGGAGGCUUUUGGAGACCUUCGUUGGGAAGAAAACGCCAGACUCGUAUAUAAGUUUUCUGGAGCGGUGGUGCCCCCCCCGGGCACGGGGCCAUGUACAACGGGAUCGGGCUGCCGACGCCCCGGGGCAGCGGCACCAACGGCUACGUCCAGCGCAACCUGUCCCUGGUGCGGGGCCGCCGGGGUGAGCGGCCUGACUACAAGGGAGAGGAGGAACUGCGGCGCCUGGAGGCUGCCCUGGUGAAGCGGCCUAAUCCUGACAUCCUGGACCACGAGCGCAAGCGGCGCGUCGAGCUGCGAUGCCUCGAGCUGGAGGAGAUGAUGGAAGAGCAGGGGUACGAGGAACAGCAAAUUCAGGAGAAAGUGGCGACCUUUCGACUCAUGUUGCUGGAGAAGGAUGUGAACCCUGGGGGCAAGGAGGAGACCCCAGGGCAGAGGCCAGCGGUCACGGAGACUCACCAGUUGGCAGAAUUGAAUGAGAAGAAGAAUGAAAGACUUCGUGCUGCCUUUGGCAUCAGUGAUUCUUACGUAGAUGGCAGCUCUUUUGAUCCUCAGCGUCGUGCCCGAGAAGCUAAACAACCGGCUCCUGAGCCUCCCAAACCUUACAGCCUUGUUCGGGAGUCUAGCAGUUCUCGCUCACCAACCCCAAAGCAGAAGAAGAAGAAAAAGAAGAAAGAUAGAGGACGCAGGUCAGAGAGCAGCUCUCCUCGACGGGAGAGAAAGAAAAGCUCAAAGAAGAAGAAGCACAGGUCAGAAUCCGAGUCCAAGAAGCGUAAGCAUAGGUCUCCCACUCCAAAGAGCAAACGUAAAUCUAAGGACAAAAAACGAAAGCGGUCUCGAAGUACAACACCAGCCCCCAAGAGCCGCCGGGCCCACCGUUCAACUUCUGCUGACUCUGCUUCCUCCUCUGAUACUUCCCGCAGUCGGCGCUGCACAGACCAUUCGGAAGACACGGUCCCUGCCCUCUAGGAGCUGACAGGCUAAAGCAACAGGAUGGACAGACAUAUACAUUUCCCCUUCUCUUUUUUUUUUGUUUUUGUUUAUUUGUUAUUUUUUGUUUCGUUCUGAUGUAUAUGGACUGCCAGAAUAGGGGGGGUGGUGGUUUGUUCGUGGUGUCUGGGGGAGGAAGGAAUCCUUACCCUGGCUUCCUUAAUCGGGGAAGGCUUCCUGAAGGAGGUGGGCUCAGAGGUGAGUUGUGAAUGAAGCGGGUAGGGAGUGGGCUGGGUGGAUGGUUUGGGGAUGUUUGGGGGAGGUGAGUGAAGGGGUAGAGGGAGAACACUCUUUGGGAUUGUGUUGGGAAGAGAAGAACCAAAGUGGACUGUACUUGCAUUUCAGUGAAUGAUUUGAGUUAUGCGACUAAGCAGGCUUUUUGGAAGAGGGUUGUACAGUUGGAAAAGGUGGAUGGGAGUUGGGGAGGGGGUUUCCUGUUCUCCCUUUGAGCUGAUUUCCUUCCUCUCCCCCAUCCUCAAUUAACUUCUGCAGGUCUCGAAGUGCUGCAGCUAAAACUCAUACAAUUGCCUUGACUGGGCGAAGUCCUUCCCCUGCUUCAGGGCGACGAGGGGAGGGAGAUGCACCUUUCAGUGAACCAGCUACUACCAACACACAACGGCCUAGUAGCCCGGAGCCUGCUACAAAACAGCCUAGCAGCCCUUAUGAAGACAAAGAUAAAGACAAGAAGGAGGUAUGUUCUUGAGUUGGUGAUGUUCAUUGGAUUGCAAGUAUAUAGAUUCAGGAUAAACUUGUGACAUGAAAGGGAGAGGUAGUAACUUACUAAAAUAAAUUCGGUUAUUUUUUUCUGCAUUGAUCUCCCAGUUUUCUUACUGUAUCUGCAGAACUUGUAUUGUUACUAGACUGAAUUGUGAACCCUUUAGAAUCAAAUCUCACUGGAUACUAAUAGGUUUUAUAUUGUAUCUUGUUUAUACACAGAACUGGAACAAAGUUGUAUUUUAUCUGUGUACGCCGUGUAAUGCCUCUAGUUUCUUUUCUUUUUUCAUUAAAUGCUCGUUGUGUCUCAC